CCUGCAAUGGCUAUAACGAACGUUCUUCUGUUGAGCCAGAUCACGGGCUACGUGAUCGGUCUCAUACUUUCGCUAUGCAUCAUUGUUCCAAUGAGCAUGCAUCAAGAUGAGUUUAAUGGACACUGUCUGUUGUUCUCUGGUGGUGAGUGGGCAGAGGUAGAUGGCAUGCUAAAGGUGCUGUGGGCGUCGACUGGUUACUGCCACUAUGUCCUGGUUGUUGGUGUGCUCAUGUUCAUAGUUUGCUGUGUACAGAUUUACAGAUUGUCAAUGCUACGCUACAAAGGGGAAGACAGUUCUUUCCUCUCAGCUUUCAUAGAGGCAGUGGGCUGCACGCUGCUUUGUGGUUUGGCUGUUUCUGCUGCGGUGCUGGUGACCCUUGGUUUCAUGAGUUGGUGUGAGAAAAUCACAGAACGGUUUCCCAGCUGUGAAGAUGCAGCUGGGCAGGAAAUUGAUACGGUUGACAAAAUAUCUACCAACGGCUUCUUCAUAGAGAUUGGCACAGUGCAAUUUGCCGUAUGGGCCUCGUUCGCGACAUGGGUCGGCUUGGCAGUGUUCUCAACGCUCAAAGUGUGCCGCUACCACCAGCUGGAGAACAUCCAAGUCUCCAUGUACAGGGAGCGGCAAAGGCUCAUGAAUGAGUCCAACAGUCCAGCACAGGAGGGAUGGAGCACGCCACCUGUCGCCAGGGCCGCACAAUAACUUGCAGUUGUACAGAAUGGACUGGUGUAAAAUGUGAUUGGCAAUAUAUUGCGUUUAGGUGUUUGAGAAAUGUAAUUCGAAUACGUUAAAUGUUUGUGGUCAUCUUACGAUGAUUAGAUGCGCAAUUCGCAUACUGGAACUGUAGCAUGCGACGCUAUCAGUUUCUGUGCAAAGAUAUGCAUUAUUGGUUCGUAGCUACAUUUGUGUCUCUCGUUUGUGUUC